UUAAGUGUGCGUGAACACGGUGGUCUGUGGCAGAAACUGUUGUCAUUUGAUGUCACGCGUGUAUGUAUUUACACAGGAAGGAGGAUAUAAAUAUACGUAAAGAUUAAACCGUCGAUGACGCGCAGGCCGUGAUCCCGCAGGCUGCUGGGCUGAACCAUGUGGAGACAGCCGGUCAGGUGGGUGAUCCGGAGAGCAGAGGGCAUCCGCGGGCUUUCGCCGCCAAACACAGCCAGAUCCCACGGAUCCAGCUGCGUGGGCUCGGGGAAGCCGUGGGUGAGGCCGGGCGGCUUUGAUACGGGCUUAAAGACUUUCAACAGCCUGAGCAAACAGAGAGAGCCCCUCAUCGUGGCCCGGGAGGGAGUGGCGACCUGGUACAGCUGCGGACCCACCGUGUACGACCACGCUCACCUGGGCCAUGCAAGCUCGUAUGUGCGGUUUGACAUCCUGCAGAGGGUCCUGUCCAGGCUGUUCGGCAUCACCGUCAUCCACGCCAUGGUCAUCACGGACAUCGACGACAAAAUCAUCCGGAGGAGCCUGGAGGAGAAGGUUUCCCCAGCAGCCAUCGCGGCUCUGUACGAGGAGGAGUUCAAGAGGGACAUGCUGGCAUUAAAGGUGAUUCCUCCUGCGGUGUACUUAAGAGUCACAGAGAACGUGCAUCACAUCGUUGCCUUCAUCGAGAGGAUCAUCACAAACGGACAUGCUUACGUCACAAAUGAAGGUGACGUCUACUUUGACAUCCAGUCCAUUGGUUCCCGCUACGGCAGGUUUGUGGGAGCCGUGGGUUCUCAGGGAGAGCCCGGCUCCUCAAAUAAACGGGACCCGAGGGACUUCGCUCUGUGGAAGCCGUCCAAACCUCAGGAACCGUCCUGGGAAUCGCCCUGGGGCAGAGGGAGACCUGGCUGGCAUAUUGAGUGUUCUACCAUUGCUAGCUGUGUGUUUGGGAGCCAGUUGGAUAUUCACUCUGGAGGCAUUGACCUGGCCUUUCCUCACCACGAGAAUGAGAUCGCUCAGAGUGAAGCCUAUCACCAGUGUGGACAGUGGGCAAACUACUUCCUCCACUCAGGUCACUUACACCUAAAAGGCAGUCCCGAGAAAAUGUCUAAAUCUUUAAAGAACUACAUCACCAUCAAGGAUUUUCUGCAGUCGUUUUCUGCCAAUGAAUUCCGGAUGUUUUGUCUUUUGAGCAAAUACAGAUCAGCCAUCGACUACAGUGACAGCAGCAUGCUGGAGGCUCGCGCCGCCCUGGGAACCAUCUCCACCUUCUUCCAUGACGCUCAGGCCUACAUGAAGGGACAGCUGCAGUGCUCACACGUGCAGGAGGAUUUCCUCUGGAACAGGUUGGCUGAGACCAAAUCCAGUGUGAUGGAUGCUCUGGCAGAUGACUUUGAUACACCGAGAGCCACGACCGCUCUGCUGAAUCUGGUUCGUCAUGGAAACUGCCAACUCCAGCCUGUUUCUACGGCUGACGGAGCGGCCCGGAGGCCUGCGGUGUUUGGAGCAAUGGUCGCCUACCUCAGAGACAUCUUGGAUGUGUGUGGGAUCGAUCUGCACACUCAGGAGGCCGAUGUGCUGAGCAGCUCUGGCAGUCUGGAGGCUGUCGUGGAUCAGCUGACUUAUUUCAGAAACAAAGUUCGAGCAUUCGCGCUCGCUCAUCAGGAUGCUUCAGCCACGGGAUCCCCCACGAAACCUGGACUUCACCCUGAAAGAAUCCCUCUCCUUAAAGCCUGCGAUGCCCUCAGAGAUGACCUGGCACCCUUGGGCGUGGUGAUAAAGGAUAGAGGAGCCAGCUCCACGUGGGAGAUCAACGCGAGCAGGAGAGGACCGAGACCUCAGCAUGAAGGCUCAGAGACAUCGAGCUGAAAGACUUGGACUAAAAACAUCACGACUGCAUGAGUGCUGGCUCCUAGUUUAGUUUCAGAAGUCAGCAGGUGUAUGAAGAUGUUUGCUGCAGAGGGUGGUAUGGAUUAUUACAGCGGCUCAGAGAAGGCACACCUCGUCUAAGACUCAGGCACCUCCUCCUGCGGUUCCUCAUCAUGCUACAGAGUUAGUGACAGUUUGCUCCAUCGUUCAUGGCCUCAGUGCAGCCCUCUGAACAGCACUGAACUGCUUUAAGGCUCCUGCAGCUGGACCGUCCUGGUCCCACACAGCAUCCUUAAGGUUUGACACUGAGUACCCCAUUCACUCUUCCUUUCUCAGCACUAGGCAAGAAAACAGUCUGUAUCCACCUUUGCUGUGCACCAGUAAUGAAAACAGGGACAACCUCCAGGUGGCUGCUGGGUAAUUUAACCAUUACUAAAUAUCUUCAUUUAUUUGAUAUGCAAAAAUCUUCAUUUGGAAUUUAACUUGUGAAUAAAAAUGA